CCACGUUUGACAUCAAUAAGAGACCAUGCACGCAUGCGCACAAAAUAACGCUCUCGGUGACCGCGACAACAAAGCCAAACUGGAAUAAAUGCAUCAAUUGCGGCGCCUCUGUUUAGCCACACUGGCUAAAGUUUGGAGUGUGCACAGAGUGUCGACAAGGUUAAAGUGCACAGAAGGAAGACCCUCUGCUCCACUGGGUUCAAGAAUUCUGACCAAUCCUGAUGACAUCUUUAAGCACAAUAUGUGGGAUCAUGUGCAGUGGACGGAGGAGGACGUUGAAAACGCACAGCUAAAAGCUGAGGAAAACUCCAGUGUGCAAAUCCCUUUAAGGGAACAAGGCAAGAAUGCGUAUACAUUUGAAUUUAAAAGUCAUUACCUGGCAUGUACAUUUGUGAGACUGACACUAUAUCCACACGUCUUUCACAUAGCUACAUUUGACACUGAGGCUUGUCGCUACUGGGAUAGGUUUUAUGAGCUACACCGUCGGAAAUUCUUCAAAGAUCGAAAGUGGCUGCUUUUGGAAUUCCCAGAACUGCUUCCACCUGACUUAGAAAGCCAAGCCAGAAGCAUGGAGGGGGACGCCAGACAUCCGCAACUCACACUCUUGGACUGCAACGCCGAUCCGCGGCAACGGUCUCAAGAUGCAGAGCCGGAAACAAACCAAGCAGCCAAGCGCGUUUCUUACCCGGGACAGCAUGCGCCUUUCAGGAUAUUGGAGGUUGGAUGUGGGGUCGGAAACAGCGUAUUUCCUCUUGUUAAUAACACCAAAGAAAAGGGUGCAUUUUUGUACUGUUGUGACUUCUCGCCAUGUGCUCUUCAAUUGUUGAAGGGCCAUCCCGACUAUGAUGACUCUGUGUGCCAUGCGUUUAUACAUGAUAUUUGUGAGGAGGAGGCCUCUCUUCCCUUUCCUCCACACAGCCUGGAUGUCAUUCUUGCAGUUUUUGUCCUUUCCUCCAUUCAUCCAGAGAGGAUGCAAGGAGUGGUAAACAGACUGUCCUCAUACCUCAAAUAUGGAGGGAUUCUUCUCUUUCGGGAUUAUGGGAGAUAUGACUUCUCACAGCUCCGGUUUAAGAAAGGUCUCAUCAUUUGCUGCAAUCAGGUCGGUGCUUGUCAGAGAAUUUCUACACACGCGGCGAUGGAACCUGUGUUUACUUUUUCACAAAAGAAGAAAUUCAUCAUUUAUUUAGCAAAGCCGGACUGGAAGAAGUUCAGAAUGUGGAGGAUCGACGACUUCAAGUUAAUAGAGGAAAGAAAGUGUCGAUGCACCGAGUAUGGAUACAGAGCAAGUAUAGGAAACCAUAUCCACUUUCACCUCGCUAACAGCCCUCUUUCCUUUUUACACUACUAUAUUUUUAUAUCUACUUAUUGUCCAAAACAGCAUAUUGUGUAUAUAUUAAAAACAUAGUACAUGCAACGGUGUGGUGAUCAUUAUUGUUUUCCAGUAACGGGUAAUCUAAUUCAUUCCUAUUUCAAACAUAACUAAUGCGUUGCGUUGUUAUGCACUGAUGUCGAAAUCAAGUAGGGGUGUCACGAGACUGUCAUGUUCUGUGUGCUGCUCUGCUGCCCUCUGUCUGCCAUGUGUUGCAGCACACCUCUGAGCCAACCGGGAGGAACUAAUUAACACACCUGUGUUCAAUUACCUGCCUUCUUAAGCUGCUGUCUGACAUACUUCAAGUUCCAGAUUGUUACCUGACGUUCUGCAGAAACCUGCUCCUCCCAGCACCUCUUGGUACUCAGUAUCUAUUUCCCUGCUUGGCUUCUUCCAGCAGUGUUUUUUGCAUCCUGAUUCCUGCUCAGCUUUAUGCAGCGUUUUGAGUUUUAUAGGUUCUGCUAGUUUUUGUCAGCAGCUUUUUCAGUUAGCAUUUUUGUAUCUUUUCCUUCCUGCUUUGUUUCCGUGCUCAGCUUUUUUCUAGUUAUUUUUUUCCUGUGACUAGGUCCGGGUGUAUUUUAGUUGUACUUUGUCUUUCUUUUGUCAUUUUUGUGUUUUUCUACACUGUGGACUAUUCUUAUAAUAAAUUUUUUUACACGGACUGCCUCGCCUCUGCAUUUUGAGAUCCAGCUCUUCAGCCUGUGGCCAGUCAUAAGAUACCCAACUCGCCAGACGAGACUAUGCACAAGACUAGGUCUAUGAGAACGGGAUGGGAUUUUAAUGUGAAUUUUAAGAAAAGUACAAUGAAAAGAUAUGACUGGACAAACGGACUUUUAUUUAAUCGAGUCACAAAGCAAUGCAGGUGCGUUUUGAAAUGUUUCUGACAAAUUGAUGCUCAAAGAUAUUGUCAACAUUUUUGAGAGCAAAU